AUGUCCAACUUCCAAGCCCCCCAACCAGGCAGCACAUUCGGCGCCCUUGGCCCCGCCCCAACGCCCCUCGGCAAAUACCGCGUCCUCUCCCCCACCGCCGGCGUGCGCGUCAGCCCGCUCUGUCUCGGCGCCAUGAGCAUCGGCGACGCGUGGGCGACGCAGGGCAUGGGCGCUAUGGACAAGGAGAGCAGUUUUAGGCUGCUCGACGCGUUCUUUGAGGCGGGCGGGAAUUUUGUUGAUACUGCUAAUGCAUAUCAGGACGAGACGUCGGAGGCGUUUCUGGGGGAGUGGAUGGAGGCGCGCGGUAUAAGGGACCAAAUCGUGAUCGCUACCAAGUACACGACGCAGUUCAAGAAACAUGACCCCGAGGUCGCUACAAAGAUCAACUACGGCGGCAACAACUCGAAGUCCCUGCGCGUCUCCGUCGAUGCGUCGCUCAAGAAGCUGCGCACAUCGUACAUCGAUCUUCUCUAUGUUCACUGGUGGGACUACGGAACCAGCAUCGAGGAAGUUAUGAACAACCUCCACAAGCUCGUCAUGGCCGAGAAGGUUCUCUACCUCGGCAUCUCAGACACGCCCGCCUGGAUCGUCUCCAAAGCGAACCAAUACGCCCGCGACCACGGCAAGACGCCCUUCUCGGUCUACCAAGGCCGCUGGAACGUCCUCGCGCGCGACUUCGAGCGCGACAUCAUCCCCAUGGCGCGCGCCGAGGGGCUCGCGCUCGCGCCGUGGGACGUCCUCGCGCGGGGACAUAUCCGCACGGACGCGGAGGAGGAGGAGAGGAGGGCGAGCGGGGAGAGGGGGCGGACGAUGUUUUCGGGGUGGGAGAGGGAUGAGGCGGAGAGGAGGAUGGCGGGCGCGCUGGAGAGGGUUAUGGGUGAGGUCGGGGCGAAGAGUAUUCAGGCUGUCGCUAUCGCGUACCUCAUGAUGAAGACGACCUACGUCUUCCCCAUCGUCGGCGGCCGCAAAGUCGAGCAUCUCAUGGCCAACAUCGAGGCCCUCACCAUCUCGCUCUCCCCCGAGCAGAUGAAGUUCUUAGAGGGCUUCGCGCCGUUCAACCCGGGCUUCCCAUUCGACUACUUUGGGAAUGGGCUCGAGAGCGAGGAUGGGUUCUGGAUCAAGCGGGGUGGCGAUACGGCUCGGUGGCCGCAGCCGGAGCCGAUUCGGCCUUAG